AUGGAUCCAGCACUUGGUCCAGUUUCAAUUUCUUAUGAUUUUAAGAGAGAGACAUGGAUGCGUACACUCGUUUUAUCAUUUCAAAGCCUCGGAGUGGUAUAUGGUCGGUUGAGCACCGCUCCCUUGUACGUAUUUGGAUCAAUUGAUCCAAAGGAUAUUGAAUCGCGUGAGGAGAUGCAUGAACUCUUUUCGUUUGUGUUCUGGACUUUAACUAUUAUCCCCUUGCUGAAGUAUGUGUUCAUUGUACUGAGAGCGGAUGACGAUGGAGAGGGUGGUACAUUUUCAUUGUACUCGCUGCUUUGCAGGCACGUCAAAGUUGGGGUGCUUCCGUGUAAUAAAAAUUCCGGGAAAAUUAUGGAUCACGAGGAAGAAAGUCCUAAGGAAAAACCGGAAUCUAAAGCUAGAAAGGCCAUUGAAAAACAUAAAUGCAGUCAUUAUUUACUGCUGUUCCUGGCUUUACUUGGCGCUUGCAUGAUAAUUAGCGACACAGUUCUUACCCCGGCUAUUUCUGUGCUGUCGGCAUCAAAAGGUCUUGGACGAUCAUUGGCAAUGAUUCCAAAGAAAUUUUUCUCUUCUGAUAAAACAAAACACCACGCUGCGGAGUUGUUGAAGAAAUAUGUACCAACUCCUGCAGCUUGUGCCAUAUUGGUUUGCCUCUUCACUUUGCAACACUACGGGACCAACAAAAUUGGGUGCAUGUUUGCCCCAAUUGUCAUCGUAUGGAUUUUCUUCAUGUGUGGUUCGGGUCUAUAUAAUAUUCUUCAUUGGGAUCACGAAAUCAUUCAUGCGAUUUCCCCAAUAUACAUGUUGAGGUUCAUGAGGAAAAUUAACCUUAGACACUGGAAGCUACUAAGCAGCAUUGUCUUGUGCAUUGCAGGGUCCGAGGCAAUGUUUGCCGAUCUAGGUCAUUUUUCGAAGAAAUCUAUCAAGAUCACGUUUGUCUGCCUAAUAUAUCCAGUCCUUGUUUUAACUUAUGCCGGCCAAACUGCAUUUAUCUCCAAAAACUUGGGUAGUGAUGAUGUUUUUCAUCUCAGUGAAUCUAUCCCCAGCAAAGCUCUUCAGCACAUCUUUGCAGUGUUGUCGCUGUUUGCUUCUGCUGUGGGAAGUCAAGCAACGAUUACGGCGGGAUUUUCCAUCAUAAAUCAGUGUCAAGCACUCGAUUGUUUUCCGAGAGUACAAGUUGUCCACACAUCAGAAAAGGUACGCGGACAGGUUUAUGUUCCCGAUGCGAAUUGGGUGUUCAUGGCCCUCAGCUUAUCAGUAACCAUUGGUUUGCAUGACAUAUCGUCAAUUGGAAAAGCAACAGGUUUGGCUAUUACUUGUGGAAUGCUAGUAACGACUUGUCUAAUGUCGCUUGUGAUUGCACUGUACUGGGAGAAGAGUUUGUUCAUAUCAGCAUGUUUUCUGCUAUUCUUCGGUGCUAUUGAAGCCAUAUAUCUGUCCACGAGUUUGUUAAACUUCUUCCGCGGGGCUUGGUGUUUAAUGAUCUUAUUGUUGCUUUUCAUGACGAUUAUGGUUUCUUGGCACUAUGGUACCCUAAAAAAAUAUGAAUUCGAUAUAGAGAACAAGGUAUCAGUCGAGUGGCUAACGGAUUAUAGUCCGGGUCUAGGAGUUUCUAGAGUGCCAGGCAUUGGCUUCAUCUACUCAGACGUUGUGACAGGAAUCCCGGCUUUCUUCACCCAUUUCAUUGCAAAUCUCCCAGCAUUUCAUCAAGUGCUGAUUUUUGUCUCUUUCAAGUCCUUACCUGUGCCCUGCAUCCCCAAAAGCCAGCGAUACCUUGUAGGACGGGUCGGCCCGAAAGAAUACAGUAUCUAUCGGUGCAUUGUGCGUUAUGGAUACCGCGAUAAUGUUAGAGAUACAGAUGAUUUCGAGGAUCACAUCAUUAGUUCGAUUGGUGAAUUCAUCAGUAGGGAAGAAUAUGAUUUUGAAGCAUUGACUUCACCAGAAGGAAAGAUGAUGGUUUUAGAUAGUCCAAUGAAGGAUGGAAAUGCAUUAAUAGCUGUGACUGAAGAAAGCAGUUCGACCGGAGAUAUUCAAACCUUGUCUGAAAAUGGGUCCCGGAGGAACUUACUGGAUAGUAAUGCAUCAUCAGAAAUUACUCAUUCUCCUUCUGCUAAAAAGAAAAAAGUUCGAUUUUUGCUUCCUCCGAAAAGCCUGAAUAUGCGAGCGAGUGUACGACAAGAACUUCAAGAGAUCAUCGAUGCACGGGAAAGUGGCACAGCUUAUUUCCUGGGACAUUCACAUAUAUCAGCAAGAAAGGGCUCAAAUUUCUUCAAGAAAAUUCUUAUAACGUUUUAUGUUUUUCUAGACAAAAAUUGCAGAGAGCCUCCAGUUGCACUGAACAUCCCUCAUGCAGCCCUUUUAGAGGUUGGUACAGUUUAUACAUUAUAA